GUUCAACCAGUUCAUUUCACUUAACCUGUCAAAAAUGAUGCUGCUUGCCAAGAACGCCGUGUCCGUGCGCCCUGCCGGCGUUGCCCGCCGGAGCGUGGUGGCGAAGGCCAGCACGCGCCCGAUGUGGCUGCCGGGCAGCACUGCUCCAGCGCACCUGAAGGGCGAGCUGCCCGGCGACUUCGGCUUCGACCCUCUGGGCCUGGGCGCCAACGCUGAGUCGCUGAAGUGGUUCCGCGAGUCCGAGCUGGUGCACUCCCGCUGGGCCAUGCUUGCCGUCGCCGGCAUCCUGGUCCAGGAGCUGGUGCGCCCUGACGUGUUCUGGUACACGGCGGGCAGCCAGGUCGAGUCGCCUUUUGGCCCUCUGGGCCUGCUGGCAUUCGAGUUCUUCUGCAUGCACUGGGUUGAGCUGCGCCGCUGGCAGGACCUGCGCAAGCCUGGCUCCGUGGACCAGGACCCCAUCUUCUCGCAGUUCAAGCUGCCCGCCCACGAGCCCGGCUACCCCGGCGGCGUCUUCGCCCCCUUCGUGCCCGGCAACCUGGAGGAGCUCAAGCUGAAGGAGAUCAAGAACGGCCGCCUGGCUAUGCUUGCCUUCAUUGGCUUCGUCAUGGCCGCCCAGGUCACCGGCAAGGGCCCGAUUGCUGCUCUCCAGGAGCACCUGGCUGACCCCUUCGGCACCACCAUCUUCUCCAAGGCCGCCGUGGUCCCCGGCCAGGCCGUUGCCCCGCCGUGCAAGAUCCCCACCAGCGUGUCGUACCACGGCAUCGAGAUCCCCACCCCCUGCUUCCUGCAGGGCCUGUGGCCUUGAACGUGCCCUUCUGCAUAUAACCUGCAUGGGCUAUUACACUGUACACUAGGGUUGGGGGGGUUGCCUGGGUGAGUUACCGACAGCUGAGGGAGCGCGAGUUGCUGACAAUGGUGACAGUGAUGCUUGUCCGAGAAGAAAAGACUUAUGCCCGCAUUAGGGCAGGCAGUUUUGGCUGUUGCCUGCAUGAGCGUUUUGGAUUGACUGGUCCGCACAGCGUGAGCCUUCCUGUGAUGUGUGGCAAGUGUUCCGCCCAGGCUGGCGCUAUAACGUACAUGAAGCAAAAUCUUGGCCCCGUACUAUCCAAUGUCGUGUGAAUACCCCACCUACACAAUUGGACCAGAG